AAUAGUCUUCUUGUUGGAUUUGUAUGCCAUUAACGUCUCCAUUUUUCACAUUCACGUCUCUCUAGAAAAGUGAACGAAUUUAAAUUCCUAAAAUUACAAUCAGUUUAUAAAAAUUUCUGUAGUAAUAAAAGUGUGUAUUGCAAAAGUCGCCACGCCAUUAUGCAACCACUUGAUCCGCCACGGACAAUACGGGUCCGGAUUCUGAUAAAUUUUUGGAACUACAUCCGAGAUUAUUUUUUACGGCCCUUUGUUCAUUUAUUUUUCCCUUCGUUGUGGGUCGAACCCACGGAUGAAAAUGGUGUCCGGAUUAAACCAACAUCGGCAAUUCCUGGCCCCAAUAUCUGGUUACCUGUGCUAGGCGAUGCUCUUACUCUCAACAAGAUUGGAGGUCCUCCGAGAUUUUUAGAUUACAUUUCCAGUUUGCAUGAAAAAUACGGACCAAUUGUCAAAACUAAACUUGGACCUCAAAAAUUCUUAUUCGUAAAUCAUCCGAUAUUCUACAAGGAAAUUAUACGCAAUGAACCAAAAUGUCCUGCCAGCUUCAAAUUACCUGCGGGUGAAGCAUUUUAUAGAAGACACAAAAUCAACCGAGGAUUAUUUUUUCAAGAUGGUGAAAUGUGGCAUCAAAACCGUGCUUUGUUAACCCAACUGAUCCUUAAGGAGACAGGGCGAUAUAUGGAAACUUUGUUAGAUUCUGUCGACGGGGUAUUGACCAAGGUCGUGGAAAACUGGAAAUCCAAAUCAAUGGAAAAUGAUGAUAGGCUAAUAAGAAAUGUUGAACAUGACUGCUACGAACUUUUUAUUUCAUCUAUAAUGGUUAUGACCUUUGGUCGACACUAUGAGAUGUUCUUGUCUCAAGCAGGAUCUAACGUGACAACACUGGCCAACAUCGCCAUAAAAUUGAAUGAUACAACUUUUGAUCUUAAUGCAUAUCCAAUUCAAAUAGCCACUGUAUUGAGACUCAAGGCCUGGGAAAAAUACCAAGAAUAUACUCUUCAAAAUUUAAGAACUGGUCGCAAAUGUACCGAUAUUGCACUAGAGGCCAUGGGUACAGGAGGAUCAUUGGAAGAAUAUGGGCUCUUACAUCGACUGAAGAAUGUUUGCAACGCAUCUGACGAAGAAAUUCGAUUACAUUGCACUGAUUUCUGCACGGAUAUCUCUGAUCCAUUUAGCCUCACCUCCCUCUGGACAUUAUACGCCUUGGGUAGGAAUCCCGAUGUACAAGACAAAAUUUUGAAGGAAAUUGAACGCGUGUGUGGAGCUGGGGCUGUUGUUCGAUACAAGGACUUGGAAAAAUUGCCGUAUCUCAAUGCCACCUGUAAAGAAGUAUUGCGCAUGUACCCCACUGCGCCCCUAAUUAUACGAAAACAUGACGAAGACGUGGUCAUUGGUGGUUUCAAAAUUCCAUCAGACUAUAUUGUAACUCUUUCGACCUUUGUUUCCCAUAAAAAUCCGUUAUACUUUUACAACCCUGAAAAGUUUUGGCCAGAGCGAUGGAUGUGGGAGGAGCGCGAUGACGAAACGAGGGAGCGGAAGAGGUCGGAAGAUGCCUAUUAUCCCUUCGGCAUUGGAAAACGGACCUGUGCUGGAAAACUUAUUGCACAAAACUUAAUGAGACUUUACGUGGCCAAGGUCGUCCAAACUUUUGUCGUCGAGAGUGACGAGGUAGGGACAAAGAUUAAGAUAAUGCUGUAUCCUGAUGGGGACAUGAAUAUUAAACUCAAACCUCGCUAAAAUGCAUACACUUCUUUCUGGAAAGUUUCAUACAUUCAUUUUCUAAAGACUUUUAUGUCUUCCAAGCUCAUUUACCUCUAUGUAAAUUUAUUUUCAAUAUUAAGCAUUUAAAAUAUGUUAUACCAUUAUUCUCAUUCGUUUGAUUCUUAAAUAAAUAAAUAAAUUACUACCAAAA